UCGUAUUGUGUGAGUGUGCCUCGUUGCUUUGGGCGUCUGCCUCUAUAUGAAUUAUGAGCAUAUUCUCAGGGCUUCUUAAACUCUACCAAAGGCUACUCUGAUGGGCAGUGAUGGAGUAUGAAUGAGCGUGUUUGUUUAAGAGGAGGACGGAGACUCCACAAGCCACAAGUCAUGCCUGUGAUCUUAUGAAGAUGUGUGUGUCAGUGUACGCGUGUGUGUGUGUGUGUGAUCUUAUGUUGCAACCAUGUCAAGAGCAGCACUGACUAAACUGUUCAUCCUCGUGAUCCUCACCUUCAUCAUCUGCCUCCCAGAAUUCUUCACAUUAUACAGAGUAUCAAAAGUUAACUUCUUCUGUCUGCCCUACCGACCCUGUGAGCGAGGCAAUCAGGUGAGGAAGGGGGCGAAUGGCAAGAUCGGGGAUGCUGAAAUUAAGAGAACGGAUAUGUGUGACCCUUCUCAGGCUGAGGAGCGAGGAAAGUGGGAGCAGGCCUGCACACAAGGGAAUCAAAGCAACAUGACAGAUCCUGUAUCGGACUCCGAAAGUGGGCAUGACGAUUCAGAAAAGAGCUGGUUCAUGUGUCAAACAGAUAUGGACAUGGCAGAAUUGCACAACAUCAACUCAUCAUCAGCCACACCUGAAAAGGUACAUCUGGAAGUGACAGUAGAGCUUCAACUCAGUGAUGCAGAGACCCUGAAUCUCACCUUGUAUGGCCACAGUAAUGACAGCUCCUUAGACCUCCACACACCUGAGGAGCAAGAGGAAGAGGAGGAUAAGAGGAAGGGUGAUGAAGGACAGAAGGCAUUUUACUGCUGUCUCCCUGUCCUGCCCACCUCAGAGGCAGCCAAUCAAAGCCGCUGUCUCCUUUGGCUCGCCAAUCAAACAGUUUCGACUGCAACAGCAAAGGAAAAGCUGCCAUGGAAACGGACACAGAGAGAUGAGUGGUGGUGCAUAUUCAGGGUGCUCUGGUUGGUUCUGCUGUGUGUGGUGCUCCUGACUAUAGUUACAACUGUGCUCGGGCAGAUCUACUUGGACAAACGCUCAUGCAAAAAGCCCACGAAGAGCCCUGUUUGCAACCUUACUGGUCAGCAGUUCAAGGAUGGAAAGAAGCACACAGAAAUCAUCACUCCCAAGGGGGAAGACCUUCACUUCUAUCGGUCCCGGCUUUGGUCAGAACUGUCACCCAUUGAAGAAGCGGACUCUCAGGAGGACUUAGAAACCCUGCUGGAUGGAAAUAUCGACCACUGCUACACUGCAAAUCUGCAUCAUCGUGGCCAUCCAUCCACCUCGUCCCUCACAGAGGAGCAGCCAGUGGAGCGGAGCACAGAAAUGGACCUAAAGUGAAAAAUAAAAAUGACUGCAUCACUUACUGGCCACCUUUAUGUUGAAAAUAAAAACAUCUGAGACACAUGAAAGAU